AUGCAAGGAGUUGUGAUGCCUUCCCACUCCCGUCACCGGCCAGGCCUAGAGGUUGGCCGGUAUCCUUGGCGUCUCCCGCCACACGAGCGAACUCUGCAGGUUGUGGCUCAGCAGGCGCAGGUCCGCUGCACUCUACUGUGCCCGCUCACAGGCCUUCAGGGAGUCUAUGAGGUUCCCUCUCAGAGCACAUACACAGCGAUUAGACAACAUUAUCAGGCAGUCCAUGGCCAAUGGUUAGUCGACGUUGUCCCUGUGUGGCCAGCUCCGCGGGAUGAUCGGCUACUCUUUAUUCCUGAUAUCGGAGCCGGUUCUCGUUGCGUCUGCGUGGUUGCCCAGCAAGAGCAGGCCCUUAAAGCGAUCUUGGUGCCUGGCCGCUGCACUUAUGAAUGCCUACUUCGCAGCUUGCAACACUUGUCAGGGUGGCACUUUGAGCGCCUUCGCCUCCCGCCAGCUCUGCAUAAUCAGCUGCUCCUGGAUCAUGCUGCAGAACUGCAGCUUCGGAAUGCAGAUGUUUUUCUUCUGGGACCUGCGGCCGUCCCGGCAGACGCAGCAGCUACCCACAUUUCUAUUGCUAGGCCAGACCGCAUCCCAUGGGAUGUUCCAUUCACUACUGUGACCACUGAGAUAGUGGCCGUCUGGUUGCCCGACACACGUUUUCCCAUUUUCACCAAUGUCCCCGGUGGUUCUGUUUGGCUUCCAGAUACUGGAACAUUCAGUGGGGCAUUUAGUGCCCGCCAUCCUGGGCGUUGGAUCCCGGUUGCCUGGCACCCGGGACAGUGUGUCCACUUUGUUCAAGCAGCGGAUCGGAGGGGCCGGGCACACAUUCUGCAUGAAAGCCACGAAGGUGUUCUGGCCGUCAGCUUUACUAGCCGUACCUCGCGCACUGAACUGGCGGAGGAAUUCCACACCUUGCCGGAGCACAUUUCUGUCCUCGGGGCCACCCCUGACGACACUACCGCGCCUCUGGCCUUACGUGAUGGUGACAUCGUUUUCGACUCAUACUUGUAUGAACCACCUGGCCCAGCAGUCUGGAACAUCGGCGCUGCCGAUCGGCCUCAUCUACAUCGAUGGGUUGUUUUUGCGUUUGUUUGCGCUAUAGGCAGGCUGCCGACUUUCUGGGGUAUCUUGCCUUUGCUUCCGCUUGGAGCUGCCACCAGGAUUGAACGCAGCCGAUCUAGUGGUUCAGCUGCCUCCUCAGCGGACUCCUCCGCGACACUUAGUCCUCGUGCUGGGUGUUGGCGGCCAGAAACCCCGCAGCCUAUGCAUGAGGUGUUGACUCACGGCCGGGCGCACUACUGCAUUCUCUCCCCCUUUCAUGCGGGAGGCACCACCGGCUACUUCCUCCGUGAAACGUCUGGGGACGAUUUGGAUGGUCGCGUUGCUCUCUUUUGUGGGGGGUGGAGCCGGCGCCAUGUUCUUCUGGGUCCCACGAUUGCCCGUCAGCCUCUCGUCAUGCUCCCUGGCGGGCUACAGGACCUGGCUACUAUAGUGGUCCACACGGGUGAGCGUAGACAAGCCCAUCUCGUCCCCCGUCGGUUCUCGUGGCGAGAGCUUCACGCCUAUGUUAAAGUUAAGCAUCCAAAUGGGAAUCACCUGGUCUCUGCGCCGGCAGUCGCGCGAUACAGGGCACUCCCUAGUCUUCCUAUUGAUCUCCGAGAUGGCGACAGCUUUUCCUGGAGGCUAGACCCUAGCCAACCGCAUGCAGUCUCCUUACCUUCGCGGCCACGCUACGCCCACUGGCUGCCGCAUUUGGAUGCCUGGCAUUCACCAUUCGUGCUUAAGCAUGGAGCGUGGGUCUUCGUGUGGCAACCGCAAAGGGAUCCGCUCUUUCAGUGUGAACGGCGGUGGAUUCCAGCCGGCAGUGCCUGGCUCCCUGGGAUCCUACAAUUUUGCCGACCGCGUUGCGCUCCAGGAUCUGCUCGAUGGGUGCCUGUGUCCCAUUACGACGGCCGAUGCCAUUUCGUCCAGCAGUCUCCCGCGGGCUGUGCACACGUUUUAGCGUACCGACCUUUCAGUGGGUAUGAGCCUGAAUGUUGGUUGAUAGAUAAUCCUGCGUCGGCCGAAGCGGUGCCGCAAGGUUGGCAACUCGCCCAUCACAUUCAGUGCCGAACAGCUGGCUCGGCUCUCCGGGAUGGUGACGUCUUGAUUCCAGCUCCCGUUGCACCCUUGAUUCCCGCCUUGUCUGCUUUCGCUGCUAAGAGUCGAGGUUUUACCAUUUUGUUUUACCUCUGUGUUCUGGGAAGCUUGGGCCAGCCGACCUUCGCAAUGUUUGCACCUCCGGAAGCGCAACUUCAGGAGCCGGUCAGGGUCGGGAAAUUCCCUUGGCGUCUGCCCGAUGAGGACCGCGCGUUGCAUGAUUCCAUCCAGCCUGGUGACCCGGCUGUUGAUCUUACGCCCGACGACACGGUUGAAGACGCUAGAGUUGCCCUUACCGGCGCGGAGCCUGCCUGGUCACAAGACAUCAUGCCUGUUUUUCCGGCACCAGUGCCUGGGCGCCUCACUUUUGUGCCUGUUGCGCCUGCCCCGUCCCUGGCGUGUGUGCUUGUGCUGUCUGUCGAGUGGCAUCUCCCACUCCUCAUUCCUAGUCGAGCUGACAUAGUCUGGUUGCUUGGCUACCUACGCAGCCUCUCUCCCGGACCCAUUCUGUCCGUUAGAGCCCCGGUUGCGGCUCAGGCAGCUGAGAUGAGUCUUAGUGACGCUGUACACUGGCGCGAUGGAGACCUGCUACUGGCUUUUCCCACUGAUGCGGAGCACAGUGCUAUCGAUAUCCCGGUUUUCAGGGAAGAGUCGAAGCUCCUCUCUCCGUGGUGCUUUGGCGACCUGGCCGACGUCCGACUCAAGCUCAUGUUCCAUCCGGGUCACAAUGGCUUGUUGCACUCCGACAGAUACGUGACUGUGGAUCCUGCCCCGUUGGCCGAGUCCGUGCACGGUGUCUGCUGCUUGGGGAUUCCUAACUGGGUUGCCCGACACCAUUUUGCGGAGGUCUCCCACAUUGAUGGCAAUCACCCAAUGAUGGGAUGUCUGGCGACCGUCCUUAAGCCUGACAUUUGGUCCGACUUUUCCUACUUUCGGCGUGGUAUCCUCCUCUUGGGAGUCUUCUACCGGCCAUGCUCCAGGAGGUUGAGUGCUGGUGGCCAUGGCGGUCUCCCGUGCCUGAAGAAAACAUCAUCCACAUGCUUCCGCGGGACCUGCCGCAGCCUCUAUCAGGCCCUUCGGCUGCUGGACGGGCCGCGCACUCCUCAACCACCUCUGUUUCUAGCAGAGGCUGCCGAAAAGGUUUCCCUUUUCAGUACCCCUCUCUUGUUCCUAAGCAGCCUGGGACGUUCCACGGGAACUAAUCAACAUGGGUUCCUCAAGUUUGCUCUCCUCUGCUUGGUCUGCUAUUUGGCCGCGUGGGGAGCACCCUCCGAGUGGUGCAAAAUGCAAGACGGCACUUGGCACCUAAAAAUGCAAGCCGCCUGCCAGCUGCAGGCACAUCUGCAUCAGGGCUGGUGGACAGAAGGCCUGGCUGACGCCCUACCUAGCAUGCUCCCCGCAGCUUACCACUAUGCAUGGCAAGCGGAGCCCCGAUGGCAGGCAGGGCCACCUGAGUCGCUCCUGAUCGCCACUGAUGGUAGUGGGGUAGCUGCAGGUUCCUGGGCAUUCAUUGCCUGGGGCUUCUCACGCGGUCGAUGGUAUCGCCUUGGUUGGGCGGCCGGUUCACUGCCAGCGACCCCGUGGCUACCCUCUGAAGGCCAAGCCCCAGGCACCCUGCUGACCUCUUAUCUGGCUGAAUUAGCGGCACUUCAAUCCGCGGCUCAAUGGUGCACAGCUAUGUGUGACCUUUGGCAACUACGGACUGCGGCUAGGCCCAGUUCGGUUACCGUUGUGGUUGAUAAUGCCAGUGCCCUCCAGGCCGCUGCUGGUGUCGGGGCCGUUAGUACGGAGGCCUCCCGUCGAGUUAGAUCUGUCUGGCAGGCAGUCCAAGCUCGUGUUACCACGCACUUUCGGCAUGUGCACAGCCAUAUGGGCGUCAAGGUCAACACUUUGGCCGAUGCACUUGCCACGGUUGCUACUACUGGGGUACUUGAUUCUUGGAUGACUGUAGCCUCUUUCCAGGCAUGCAAGGCACACGCGGCCGACCUAUAUCCUGAAUUAUGGUUAAUCCCACGUGCUACCAUGCAUGAGAGCGAGCCAGUCUUUGUUCUCAACCCGGGUCCAACUGACUGGAUCCCACCGGCGGACGCAGCGGUUGAGUUGCGUCCUCGUCCCGCAGUUAAACCUCCCAUUGAGUUGCAGAUUUUGACUGCUAACGUUCAGUCGAUCAAGGAUGUUCGCUGCAAUCUUUUCAACCCGUCCGGCCAUGGGGCACGCAGGCAAUACUUGCUUAGUCAACUUACUCGCCUUCAAGCUGACAUCGCAUAUGUCUUCAGGAGACUCGUGCGCCAGCCGGGCGUUGGAGUACAGGCGGAUGGCUCCAAUGGCGCUCUGGUGCUGACAGAGGCCAAUAUGGCUGUGAAGUCUGGUUGCGCCCAGAUCAAGUCCAUCCUCCGCUCAAGCUCUCAGAUUGACCUUCGCAAUGCCUUGCAACAUGCACCUAAGGGCAGAGGCUUGGUCCUCGGCAUUGAUGCCAAUGGUGACUUCUGCGCACAAGAUGAGGGUGCAUGCCUCAUCGGUCCGGAGGUAGCCCGCCAUGAAGCUACGUCCAAUGAUGAACAUCUCUUCGAGUUUGCGACAUCACUUGGGCUAGAGGCACCAGCCACGUGGACGACUGUCCAGGUCGGACCGGGGUGGUCGUGGGAACAUACGAGCGGUCGUCGCAAACGUCUGGACCAUCUGCUGUUCGGAGCUGGUGCCUGGACGCACUCUCUUGCUAGUCAGGCGUGGGACUUCGAUAUUGUCAACUCCCAACGCGACCACCUGGCACUCCGUGUCCGCACCACACUGCAGCCAGCUGCGCCGAUUGGCCGGAAAUGUGUUGUCAAACGGAGCAAUGCAACUGACACCCGUGACGACGGGGCGUCUGUAUGGCAACGACUCGCUGCUCACCCUAAUGAGGCCACCAGCAGCGCUGAGCUUGUCAGUCAGCUUGUCACUGAGCAUCGGCUUUGGGUGCAAAUGCUUGCUCCGAAACGGGCCCUCUCCCCCCGUCAGCCCUACAUUCAACCGCGCACUCUCUCUUGGCUCUUUCAACUUCGGGACUGGCGCUGUCAGCUGCGGGCUGUCCAGCUAGCCGCUAAGCAAGCAGCGCAACGAUUGGUCCUACGCAGGUGGAGUCGCCGACCCGCCACAGAGCGCGCCGGCGCACGGGUGCAGCAUCGACAUUCACGGCUAUUGGUUGAGGCCAUGCGGGCACAGGAGCGCCGUCUCCAGGCCAUCGCACACUCGUAUGCCCGGCAGGAUAAACAAGCCCACUUCCUCCGCCUUACCGCUGCUGCUACCGAUCGGUGGCAUGCUGAUGGCCGUCCGCAUGAAGCCAUUAUUAAGCUCCGUUGGGCCUCUAGGCGAGCUGCGGAGCGCCGGCAAGUCUUCUCUGCAGGUGGAUUCGACAUUGAAGCCGAGCUGGAAGAGCAGUUUAGGGCGCAAGAGGCUGCCUCUAAGAUUCAGGCACCACACAUUGGUAGCGUGAUAUUACCGUGGUUGCAGGCUGAGGCCCCGUCGUGCACAGCAGCGAUCCCUACCCUACUUGCGACAGAAGAUGCCUGCAGACGGCAGAAGGGUAACAAAGCACCAGGACCGGAUGGGAUUGUUAACGAGUUUUGGAGCUGUUUUCCCGUGCAGGCGGGGCGCUGGACCUGGGAAGUCCUAACGCGCAUCGCCUUAACUGGCCGCGAGCCCCUGCACUUCAAGCUUGCGCUCUACUGCGCGCUCUACAAGAAGGGCCCUGCGGCUCUUCCUAAGAACUAUAGGGCCAUUGCGCUCCUCAACGGUAUUGCCAAGUUAUGGCAUGGCCACCUGCGUCGCACUGUCGGGCGCAAUGUCCUUCGUGGAUAUGAUUCAGCCCAGCUAGGUGGUAAACCUGGCAUCCCCGUUGGCUUUGCCAUCGCUGCCUUUCGCGCAGUCACGGAUUUGUGCGUCGCCUCACAACAUUGCACUGCUGCACUGUUCGUCGAUGUCCAAGCCGCCUAUUAUGAAGUGAGCCGGAAGCUCAUUUUCGAGGGUGACGACCUGGAGGUCCAGCACGGUCCCCGCGUAGCGGCUGAAUCGCAUCUAUCCAGCCUUGCACAUUCCUUGCGGGACAACGGUGCCUUAGCCCUGCUUGGGGUUCCUGAUGAGGAACGUCAACUCCUUCACGACUGCGUUGCCUACUCCCAUUGGCGGCUUGUCGGGUCGGAUCAUGUGUUCCUUGCCUCCAAAGGCUCCCGCCCCGGGGACGGUCUUGCUGAUAUCCUUUUCGGCGCAUUAUUCGCGGUUGCACUGCGUCAUAUCCGUAGGGCAUGCAGCGCCGAAGGAAUCACUCUCCAAGCCGCUGGCAGUCACAUCGGGGCAGACGACACCGUACUCCCCAUUGGAUGGGCCGACGAUCUUGCUAUACUUGCUGAUUUCAUGUCGCCGGCACAACUGCGGGAUCUCCUCCCACGUUUUGUGACUAUCGCCAUCACCACCCUUGAUCUUCUUAACCUCAGGAUUAACCUCGGUGCCAGCAAAACAGAGGUUAUGGUCGAUAUUAGAGGUGUAGAGGCCACCAAGAUCCGGAGUGAGCUCCUCGCUGCGCCGGCUGUCCUGCACCUGCCCAGCGGACACGAGGUCCGCAUUUCGCCUGAGUACAGAUAUCUCGGGGUGAUAUGUACUCCCCGGGAUACCGGCCGACGCGACAUGGAACUGUGCGCGCAACGUGCACAUGCAGCAUGGUCCCAUGCGAAAAGUCUCCUUACAUGCCCGCGGCUCCCGUGGCGACUGAAACAGGCAUGGGUAGGCGGCCGAGUGCUACCAGCUGCCUACGCAACCAUUGCCACUUCUAUCGCGACCUCAGCACGAGCCCUGAGCCCGCUGGUUGGAUUCUUCGAGAGGGCUGCUAGACAGCUCGUGGAAUCAUGGUCAUAUGGCCACAUGCUCAGCAAGCCUCUUCUCACUCUGCUGCUGGGCCUGUCCUCCCCGGAGGACGCCAUCUGCAUUGCGCGGGUGCGCCUCACGGUCCAACUGCUCACGCGUGCACCAGCAUGUGUCGGCAAUCUGGUUGAUGCGGUCUGGAACCGGGCUACGCCUUGGGGGCAGUUGCUCACCGAAGCCUGCCAGGAACUCGCUCAUAGCUUGCCAGGCCCCUACGAUCGCACCCGGGUGACGAGUCUCCUUGUUCGUGAUAAGGCUAGCCUACUCUUUAAGGCCUGCCGACACCUCAGCCGCUACGGCUCUGCAUACAGGGCGCUUCACCUCCUGUGGCAGGAUGUUACUGUGCAGAAGACCUCUCGGGUUCUGGGUCGUCGUAACCCCUGCACGUGCCGUCUGUGUGGCCAAUGUCUUCCGAGUGCCCAUGCCCUUGCUGCACACAUCCACAGGAAGCACUCUGUAGUCAACUGCCUCACACAAUAUACAUGUGGAACUGUGUGCCUCUGGUGCCAUGCCGACCAGCACUCCACAGAUCGUCUCAAGUACCAUCUCAAGACGUCUCCCGCUUGCUUACACGGUUUAAGGGUUGUGGUUGGCCCUGCUUACAUUUACGGGACCGGAACCAAGAGGAAAGGGCCCCGAUGCCACAGAGGCCUGCCAGCGACGCGCCUGCCCGGGCCUAUCAAUGCCACGCCGGCGCAGAGGGCAGCAGCUGAGCAGGCGCGCGAAUGCACAGAAGAUGAGCUCCGCUUGGAGCGUCUGCUGCAUCUUGGGGUUACAGAAGUCGAUGACUGGCCAGACAAUGCACUCGACCAUUUCGAUCAAGGUGCCAGCGGAUCUCUGCCGGCACCGGGUACGGAUGUCAGGCCCAACGAUGCUCAUGCACCUCUAGCGUGUGCUGCUUCCUUACAUGCAACGAGCCUGCGAUGCUGUUUCGUGAUCGAAGCCGAGCAGUUGGCUCCAAUCUUGCCUUCGGUUGUUGGUCGGGUUGUGUCACCGCGCUGGCCUGAGAUGGUGCGGCAGCCGGCGCUCUGGCGCCUUCCCACUGUCUGGCAUCGCUUGUGGAAGUUGUGGACCUCCGUUCACUCCUUUCAUCCAUGGGAUUUCGAGGCACGUUCUGGUUUCAAGUCAUUGCGUGUCGCGCUUGAUGCUACAGAGGGCCCUACUGACGGGCCUCCUAUUGCUCUGCGCGCCUUGUUGAGCGCGACGGUGAUGUUCCGUCUGAUCUGCAAGCAUGUGCAAAUGGGUGCUGCUGUUUGGAUCUGCGGACGCCCAAGUUCACUGGGGACCCGAUUGUGGCGUGACCUCCUGCCCGAUGCAGUCUUCACGUCCGUGUCACUCAGCGAAGGUCAGGUUUUUCUUGCUGCUCCUCAGGAGCUUCUCAUUCCGGCGGUAAACCACUUGAGAUCUCGUACCUCCCUCUUUGAGGCAGGUGCUGAUGAGCUCGUGGUCCGCGCUUCCUCGAUUUGUCGCUCCUUUGAGCCCGACGGGUCGUAG